GUCACCUCCUCCAGCUCCGCCAUCUUGCGUGAGGUACUCGGGUCCGUCCCGACGGCUUCGGGCAUCUUCGGUAAUUUCCGCCAACGCCCUUCGAACGUACUGAGCUGACCCCGCCCACUGCCAUAGUCAACCCGUCGAUUACCACUCAAAACUCCCCGGGUUCCUCCGGAACUGCUCGGGUGUUUCCGUCUCCACAUCGGCACCAAUCGGUUCUUUCCAUCCUCCCAGCCGCUCCCCCUCCCUCGCCUUGCUUUCAGAGCUCGGUUAUCUUCGUCUCACCGAGACUUUGAAUCGAAUCUAUUCGGAAGCCCUCGACUCUGGCAUAACCAUAAUCGGAGUUAUUCGGCUAUCUCCGGACCUAAAGCUGAGGCGCUAAGGCGCUUGGGUGUUUGGGGCUGGCCCGGGGCCGGAAGUGCGUGGGCUGCUCGGCUGGCCCUGCUUAGAGUUGUCAGGAAACAUGGAAGCGGCGGCGAUAGUUGGAGUCUAAGCACUGUUGUGACGGUGUGCGGGUGCCCUGUGAGAGGAAAGGGGAGGAUGUCACUGGAAUCAUCCUCCUCUUCGAUGCCGCUAUCCUUUCCUUCUCCCUUGCCCUCGGUACCAGACGGUAUUACUAACUCUUCCCCUCCGCCAAUGUCUUACAUCACUUCCCAGGAGAUGAAGUGUAUUCUUCACUGGUUUGCCAGUUGGUCAGGCCCCCAGCGUGAACGUUUCCUACAGGACCUGGUAGCUAAGGCAGUGCCAGGAAAACUACAGCCACUGCUGGAAGGUCUGGAGCAGCUUAGUGUGUCUGGAGCAAACCGACCACCUUGUAUCUUUGAGUGCCAGCUGCGUCUUUGGGAUCAGUGGUUUCGAGGUUGGGCUGAGCAGGAGCGCAAUGAAUUUGUCAGGCAGCUGGAGGUCAGUGAGCCAGACUUCGUGACAAAGUUUUACCAAGCAGUGGCUGCUACAGCUGGUAAAGACUGAUAGGCAUUAAAAUCAAAGAAGAUAACCAUAGCUGGCGGAGCGGAGGCCACAGCUUUACAGUGAGAACUUCAAAUGUGUCACUUAAAGGUCUGGGGAUGGUAUCCCGAUCAGCUGACUGAACUCACUGACCAGUACCAGGCCUGGUUAUUUCAAUGUUAACAGCAUAUCAACUGGACUUCUAGUGUAAAUGUUUUUCAUCUAAGCAAAUCGAGAUCAGCAGUCUGCCUCCUAGCUUGCUUCUUUCCAAGCGAUGUCAAACCCUCAAGAAUUUAAUGGCUUCUUUUGUAAUUGUAACCAAAAGGAACCUACACAUGAUAACUCAAGCCUACUGCUGAACCCAUGGGGCCGUAAAGGAAAACCCUCCUCCUCCAGAAACAGGAGAGAAGGGUAAUAAAAAGCUGUGUUUUUAUAGUUUAGCUGGAUUCAGAUGGCUGGUUUCACCACCCUUACCAGAUUCUGACUUAAUUAUGUGACAUCCAAACCACUAGCUUUCCUAGUGAUGAUUCAGUAAAAUUAUGGAAAAAAUCAGGAGAGGGAGCUAAUUGGUUACUCCACACUUUCUCCAUACUGAUGUUUGUUUGAAUCCAAAUAGCAAUGACUUUUUUCUAAAGCAUAUACAAUGUCUUUGGAGCUGGUAGCAGAUGUUCCUAUUCUGUAAGUUUGCUCUACAACAACAUGAAAACAAGUGACACUCUUUACAGGUUAAAGGGUUUAUUUUUUGUAUCAAAAUAAAGAAUGAAUCUUCAAAACCAUAA